AUGAGUUGUCCAGUCAGAGGCCUCGCAUGCCUCGCCCAUGCCUUGAUUUUUUGUCCGGCUCUUAGGGCUUCAAGUUGGUGCACGGAGGGCCCCCCACACAUGUCCCGACCGCGGCAGGCUUCGCAGUCAACGCUCGAGAUCUCGCGUGAGGCUGGCCACGAUUUCAAAGAGGCUGAGGAGCUUCCUGUGGCUGAACGACCGGCAGAGGCUGCCUGCGCGGAGUUUGCCGGCAACUUGGAGGACAGCGCUGUCCUUCCAUCCGCUGCGGAGGCGAGCCCAAAGAGCCAAGACCAGGAUGAUGGCUUUGACAAGGAGCUUGGGAUGAGUCCUCAGAAUGGAGAAGGAAGCAGCUGCAAGCUGAUCGGAGAGGACCCUGUCUCCAAACUACGAGAUGGGGACACACAUGACAACUGCGCCAUGAACCUGACGUGGGAGUCCAGUGAUUUCCCCUGCGAGGAGUCGAUUCUGAAAGCGCGAGCACCAACCCAGGUGGGCGAAUUUGAUGGCUGCUGGGCUUGUAUGACCUGGCUGCGCAAGUCACUCUGCGGACUUGCACUCGCUGCGAAAAGCUCGCAAGACGAUUCCAAUGAAGGCGACGGUGGCGUGUGGACUGGCCGGACUUGA